AAAGCAGAAGAACGAGAUAUUGGAAAAUAUGGCAACAAUAAAAAUGAUUCAAGUUUCAGCACAUAAAAGGAAAUCGAUAUCCUUGUGCUUUUACGGACGGAGUAUCAUUUGUUCGGUAUUGGAGUCGUUAGUAUUAAUUGUGGCGCUUUUCUUCACCAUCAACAUUCCAGCCGGCGUGCAGGCUGCACAAAUCGGAAGCAUCCCAAAACGGGAGCCAAUGUUCAUUUCCAGAUCGGAGACAUUCAAAUUUGUGGCUGGAGAAGUGAUAAAUCUUCCUUGCGAAGUAUCUAAUUCGGAGCCAUAUGUUGUCGCCUGGAAACGAGGAAUUGCAAUCCUGUCCGCUGGGAUGACUAAAGUCACGCCAGAUCCACGUGUACGAUUAGUUAAUGGAUUCAAUUUGCAAAUUAGGGACUCCGUGCCACAAGAUGCCGGCGACUAUAUUUGUCAGAUAGCUACACUUGAACCAAGAGAAAUUUCACAUACCGUCGAGAUUUUAGUACCGUCAAGGAUCAAUCACAUCAGCUCGGGCGGUCAUCUCCAAGUCAAGAAAGGUUCAUCGGUACGGAUAGAGUGCACCGCCUCGGGAAAUCCCACCCCAAAUAUAACUUGGAGUCGUAAAAACAACGUCCUUCCAAACGGGGAGGAAAAGCUGCACUCGCCAAUUCUCUCGGUGGAAGGCAUGGAUCGACACAAGGCGGGCGUCUACGUAUGUGAAGCGAGCAAUGGUGUGGGGAAGCCAGCGAUGAGCCAAGUCGUUCUGCAUGUUUUAUACCCACCUGAAAUUACCGUUGAGCGUCCAAUAGUGUUUUCCGGCGAAGGACAUGAGGCUAUGCUUGUGUGUAUUGUGCAUGGCGAGGCACAACCUGAGGUGAUAUGGUUCAAGGACACAAUGCAAUUGGAUACAACGGAGCGUCAUAUCAUGGAGAACCGAGGUUCACGCCACACCCUCAUAAUAAGGAAAGUUCAUCCACAAGAUUUCGGCAACUAUUCGUGUGUUGCGGAAAAUCAACUGGGAAAAUCAAGGAAAACUUUACAGCUGAGCGGAAAGCCGAAUUCGAUAGUAUUCAGGUCGCCUCCGAUCAGCCAAUUUAAAGACAGAUACAAUAUAUCUUGCACGGUGGAUUCACAUACUCCAGUCGAGGAAUUCAAGCUAUUUUAUCGAAGGUUGCCGCAAGGACAUGAGGUCGACAACACCAUUGAACAAACGCAAUCGCUGCAGACAUUGCAACAGCAUCCGCAGAGCGUUCAGAUGUACGGUCACAACUAUCGGACAUAUGGAAAUGGAGUGCAUUGGUCCCGCAACGAUUGGCGGGACGUUGUCCUGCCAGCUGUACCGCUUUCGCAUCUAUACACACAAGGAAUGAGCUAUAUGAUACGGGGACUGGAGCCUGACCAACAGUACGAGGCGAGAGUUCAAGCGAGGAAUCGAUAUGGCUGGAGUGAAAUGUCCGAGAGUUUUCUGUUUUCAACAUCAUCUACAGAUGGCUAUUCACAUUCGUCAUCCUUUUUGAAUCAUGGCUUGUCAGAUUCUGAAAUGCGCGACUUAAGCGUCACAUUUUACGGUAGCCCAUCCACUUCAAUAUCACGGCAUUCAUAUAUAAUACUAAACAGUUUACUACUGUUUAGUUUUCUAGUUUAGAAGAAAAUUUUUGCCACAAUAGCCGAUACAGAACUUCUCCACCAUUGUAUAUAUUUUAUGCAAAAAAAAAAGAAGAUAAAUACCUAGCGAAAAAAGGAAAACAGAUUAAAUAAAUAAAAUGAUAAAAAAAAAUAAAUAAAAAUAAAUUUGUAGGUCUUUUAUACUAGUCUACUGCUAAAUAAAUUUAAUAUAAACUAUUGGAAGGAAAAUGAACGAUCAGAAAGUAAGGGAAAAUUAUAAUUAAUAUUGAAAUAUAUAUAUAAAUAAAUAUAUUUACGAACUAUAGAUAUUUUUCAUAAAACAAAAAGUAAAUUAAAAAUAUAAUUGUUAGGAUCACUCAAAAAAAAAAGAAACCACAGAUAUACACAGAUUUGCUUGUUGAUGUUUAUGUCGAGACUUGUAACAGUCAGAUUCGUGUUAUAUAUUUGUUCUGUAGUUUUUAAAUUAUCGGAAUUUUAUUUAAUUUUUAGUUUAAUUUUCUUUUAAUCCAGGUUAAUAUAUUGACAUUUAGAGGGAACCUUGAGAAGCAGUUUUAUUGGAGAGGAACCUCUAAAAGAAUCCAUAGCCAACUUGUUAAUUUUAUGUCAUUCAAACUUAUAUCCCAAUUAUAUUUUGACUAAUCUUAAAUGUAAUUUAGAACUUUUGUUGCAUAAAAACAGAAAACUUGUAUUUCAUUACUGCGCUUUCAUUUUAUUUGCUUGAUACCUGUUUUAGUUAGAAAGAAAAUUCUAGAUUACGAACCAUAAAGCAAAGAGAAUUAAUUGAUAAAUGAUAUUUAGUAAUUCAUUAUAAUUUUAAGAUUAAUAAGACGUAAAUAUUAUAUGGAACUAGAGAAAAAGUAAAUUAAAAUUUAAGUAAUGGCAUUUUUAAAGACAUUGUUGAUAUUUGCCAAGCGUCUUGAACUCCGAAAUAGCAAAUAAAACGAUUUGAAAGUGAAUGCAAAAAUAUUAAAAUGAUAUUUGAGCCUACAGAUUUGUAAUAUUUGUAAUUGAAAUAGAAUUUUUCAUUUGGGGAUCAAUCUCUAUACGAACUUUCUCAAUACAUUAUUGUUUAUUUCGGCCAAACAUUCUCUUCGUGAAAUGCAUUUAUUAGUACACUUUUAUUUUUUGCAUUUAUUAUAUUCUUAAAAAUUUGUUAUAAAUAAUAUUUUAGUUUUCAAUAUUUGUUUGUACCAUUUAUUUUUAUAUUUAUUUUUGAACAAAGUAAAACAUAAUUUUAUGUUGAACUAUUAAUAUUAAUUUGGGUAAGUAUCUUUUUAUAUUUUUUUAGUUAUUUCGGAUCAUUUUUCCAUAAUUAAUUUUUUAUUAUAUUUUAGUGGUAAUUUUGCAUAAUCUAUUAUUGUAGCUACCAUUUCUCUUACUUACAUUCAUUAUCGAUCAUUUAUUUUGGAUUUAUAUAUUUCUACAUUUUAUCAUCCAUUUUUAUUGUUAGUUAUGGGAAUUUAUAUAUUUUUUUAAACACCUUAUUUAUUUUCGCAAAAUAGUUUUUGAUAAUUCAGACCAUCUUUUUGAUAGUUGACUUUCUACUAUUGUAUUCAUUUUUGAAGUAUCAAUGACAGUGCUGUCAACGCAGAUUUACGCAUCGAAUCAAAUAAAAACAUUAUAAUGUUUACAUUUUUAUAUUUCACUAUCUAAAGUAACGAAAAAUUCUAUUUCAUUUAUCAAAUUCACACUAAUUACAGACAUUAAUGUAAGAAUGAAAAUUUUAUGUGAUAUCUCUAAUUAUUUACCCAUAUAAAAUGCUUUACGUUCAAAAGAUAAUCAUAUGUCUACGGAUCUACCUCCCUCUAACUUGAGCACACUCGAUUGUACUUUAUCAACAACAAACUUCUAAUAAACCGAAAAAUAAAUAAUAACAGAAACCUGGUCAACAAACAAAUUAGUAUUGCGAUAUCUUGAAAAUUUAUCCAUGCACACUUUGCCCACACAUUUAUAUACGUAGUAGUAAGGCAUUGCGAAAGUCGAUAUUAUUUUAGUAAUUUUUUUUAUUAAGUAUCCCCCAGUUCUGGAGUCCAAAGAUUAUUUUUAAAAAAAAUCCAUGAACACCUAAUCCCUCCCUCUGCAGUCAUCUUCUGCUUAAGAAAUUAUUAAUGUAGAUUUCGAAUUUCAAAUCCAUAAGUGAUACCCCGUCGAAGAUCAAACACAAGCAUAUGCUUGGCGCUUGCUCUAUUUUGUGCAAAUUUAAACGUGAAUUACUCAAUUUUUGACGUAAAUUGAAGAAUUAAAAUUAAUAAAAAAGCUGGUUCUUCAAAAAAUCGGCGAGAAAACAAUGGAGAUAACCCCAUUGAAAGCGCAUUGAAAAUUGCAAUGAAAGGAGGAAUUACAGUAGCUUAGUUAGAUACUAAAUGUAUAUAAACAUUUCAAACGAAAGGACAAGUGUAUGAAGCAAAAAACUACUUUAAAAUUGAACACAAAAAAAAAAACCAAAAAUUAGAGAAUAGGAUAGACGUCGCUUUGAUACAAUUUAUCAAUUAUUCAUUGAUUUUGGGUUGAAGUUUGAUUUCAAUUGAUUUCUCUAUAAGAAACAUUCAAAAAAUGUAUGAUAGCAUCCUAUUAAAUAAAAAAGAUAUAUAUUAAAAGAUGCUAAAAAAAUGUGUGGCUUUCCAAGUGAACGUUUGUCCUAUUGGGAUUCAGAAUUUCCAAAUGAGAAUAUUUAAUUACUAAUACGAAAAGUGUCUAAUGCAUAGUAAGUAAAAUUAGAAUAAAAAUGCAUUGAAAUUUUAUUGCAAAAGAUAAACGAAAAGAAAAGAUAAAGACGCAAGUACUGAUCGUUGCCAUAUUUUGUUUAUAUGUAUUUAGGUUUAUAUUAUGAAUUGAUUGUAUGUCUCCCAGAAAUUAUUGUACGAAAUAAAAAUAUA